CUAGGAAGCAGCGCGCAGCCCCGCGGGUCUUCUGCGGCGCGCGCCACACGCCCUCCAGUCUCUCAGCAGACGCGGGAUAAAGAUGGCCUGAGGCUGCCGGACACUUCUCACCGCUCUUCAGGGCUCGAGGGAGGAAGGAAGAGGACGCAGAAGGCAUUUUGAAGAUGAACAUUCAGUCAGCCAUCAGCCGUGAGAUCUUUGCCCCGAGAGAUGAAAAGUUACUGGUAGCCAUUGAAGUGAGGAGGAGGACGAAGAGGAAAGGACUGUCCUUCCUCAACACGGGACGUAAGAAGGAUUACUUGACCUACCUCUGCCUGUCAGUCACGAACAGCAGACCAGCUCAAGUCCUCAUCACUAAAGUGAAGAGGUACCGAGGAACCAGACAGCUGGCUAAAAGGUCCCAGUGGUCCGUGGAGCAGCUCCGGCAGGUCAACGGCAUCAACCCCGAAAAGGACACUCCCGAGUUCGACCUAGUGUUGGACCGCACCACUGACCAAUGGGUGGCCAGCUCGGCUGCAGAGAAAUGCAUGUUUGUGCAGGUCCUGUACCACGCUUGCCGAAACUACUGGGAGGCCAAGCUUGCCCGAACCGAGCCGGCGUCCCCCGCGGAGCAGAAGACACCGGGCGCUCCGGAGAACAAGAAGAGCCCCGGAGCUCAGAGCCAAACUAGCUUUAUCAACUGUCAGCAGAAGCUAAUGGGAGAUGCUUGUUCUGUUAAUAUGGUUAUCUACCGCUGCAAGAUUUUUUUGAACAGAAUGAAGAACAGUAUGACGGCAAACCAGGGUCAGGCUCAGCGACAAGCGGCGGCGGUCAAAGCGUCCAGGAGCCGGAGCCGGAGCAGCCCGUCUCCUCCGGCGGUGAGGAAGAUGGGGAGCGUGAUGAGGAGGGCCAGCCAGGUCCUGAGCGAACGAGGAGAGCGUCUGAUGAGGGCCGACGAGAAAACCAGCCACCUGCUGCACGGGGCCAAGCAGUUUGCGGAAGCUGCGCAGAAGCUGGCUCUGAAGCAGAUUUAGAGGUGUCCCGAAGGCCCGUGAAUACACAUUUUAAAAAGAAGCUCCUAAUCAUCUGCUCGCGGGAUAUUUAUAAAAGUAACUUCUCGUCUAAUUCAGAUGGUGUUUUUGAGCGCGAGGCCUUUUGUUCAGCUUCCUCCUCACCUGCAGACAGGACUCAUAUUUAUGUACUUUGCUUGUCUUAAUGUAUUCUUUGCAGGCCAUUGGUGUGGCCUGACACUGCAGAUCUGUUCAUUUUGCCCUUUCUACAGUAAUCACAGUAUAAUAUAUAUACAGUAUAUCUCUAUAUAUAUAUAUAUAUCUCCUCUUCUGCUGAGAUGUGUAUCGCUGCUGUGUUUGUUUUGCAGUUAUUUUUCUUGCAAAACCAGGAGAAAUGGCCUCGUUUGAAGUAAUACAUCACGUUGAAUACAAGGGCUAGCUGCACUUGUGUUGACUAAUGAUUAAAAUCUUUCUGCAUCGUUGUUCUGCAAACUACAGCAUUUGCAUUUAUUUUCUUUCUUAUAAUUGUGCAUUUAUUUUUUUUUGCACGUGUCGACACAUUGUGAAUUUUUAAGGGUUAGGGUUAAUUUUGGGUGAUAUUUUUGCAGGUUUAGCGCUUCAGCUUCUAAGAAUUAUUUUCCAUCAACAUUUAAAAUAAUUACUAACACUUAAAACGAUAUUAUGUACAGUGUGUGUGUGUGUGUGUGUGUGUAUGUAUAGGGUUGAGCAUCCUUUGAAAUUCAUAUAAAGUCUGAUUCUUAUUGAUUGAAACAAUUAAAUGUUAUUGAAUACCACGAAUAAACAUAAUCUGUCUAUACACACACACACACUUCAUGACAUAACUGUGUUUACUGCUAUUACAUAUUUUAAUAGGGGUUCGGAUUAUGAUUGCCCGCAUGGUAGUGAUUAAUUUAACAGCUCUUUAAAGAUGCUACAAGCUGUUUUAUUUCGUGUUUAUCUGUUUGAAUGUGGUCUGUGUGUGAAUAACACACGUUUUGUCCUUGGUCUCCUGACUCUGUGUAAUGUGUUUGUGUGCUUGUGAUCAGCAGCAGCAGGAGCUGCGUGUCACGAGAGGCCAGAGGGUGUUUUCUGCACGGAGUCAGACUCCCUGUUCGGUGUUGACAUGCGUGAUUCUUCCUGCUUUCUGCUGUUGUCCUUCCUGUCGUCUUUCGUUGUCUCCUAGGCCUAUAGCCUACUGCUUUUAUGUCCAUUUUAAAUUUAAUAAUAUACGUGUAACAGAGAAUCGUAUCCGUCCUUGUAUUUUUCUGUGCUCCUGUACACAUUUAAAAGAUGUUAAAUGUGUAAACCCCCAUCAUUUGAUCAAUAAAUGACACGGGACCCA